AUGUCUAACGGGCUUCCUUUCAAGCUGGAUGACCCUAGCCUGCUUCAUGAGGCUUCAUUGCUAAAUGGCAAAUGGGUCCAAUCCCAGCAGAAACAAACAUUUGCAAUUGAAGACCCAGGAUCCGGUAAAAUCUUUGCACAUUGUCCAGUCAACCGCCUCCUCGAUGUCGACCAGUACGUUGAAUCUGCGCAGACCGCAUUCCUCCGAUAUAGAGAAGUUAACCCGAGGGAGCGAGCCAAGCUCCUUUUAAAAUGGCACACCCUGAUCACCAAUGCACGAAGCGAUAUCGCAAAACUUAUAGUCUACGAGACGGGAAAGCCGAUGACAGAAGCUCUGGGUGAAGUUGACUACGCACUGGGCUUUGCCUGGUGGUUCGCCGGUGAAGCUGAGCGCGUUCGUGGCUCUGUCGCGCAACCGUCCGUCUCCAAUAGACGCACACUGGUGAUUAAACAGCCCAUCGGCGUCAGUGUGGCAUUAGUGCCAUGGAACUUCCCAGUUGCGAUGACGAUCCGCAAGGCUGCUGCGGCUUUGGCUGCGGGCUGUACGAUGAUCAUCAAGCCCUCGCCUGAGACGCCGCUUAGUAUACUGGCGCUUGCGGAUCUCGCACUACGGGCUGGGUUUGAAUCUGGUGUCUUGAAUAUCAUUACAACUGAUAAUGAAAACACUCCGAUUGUUAGUGAGAGGCUAUGUAAGCACCCGCUUGUGCGAAAAGUCACUUUCACUGGCAGUACUGCUGUUGGAUCAAUCAUUGCGAAGCACUGCAGUGACGGACUGAAAAAGGUCACACUUGAGCUAGGUGGCAACUGUCCAUUUCUCAUAUUCGACGAUGGUGAUCUGGACCAAGCCCUGGCUGCCCUCAUGGUGUUAAAAUGGCGUACCGCUGGGCAGGCGUGCACACAUGCCAACCGAGUCUACGUCCAAAGUGGUGUUUACAACGCAUUCCUGUCCAUGUUGGUCAGUGCUACUAAACGGAUCCAGGUUGGCCAUGGUGCAGCCCCCGAGACGACAAUGGGAGCUUUGACAACCACCCGCGGCUUGGAGAAAAUGGAACGGCAUAUUAACGAUGCGGUGUUAAAGGGAGGAGAGGUUGUCUGUGGAGGCAAGCGAUUAACGGAUUACUCUGGAAAUUUCUUCGCGCCUACUAUCAUCUCUGGGAUGAAUUCCACUAUGCUGACUAGUCAAGAGGAGAUCUUUGGUCCUCUUUUAGGGUUAUAUCGCUUCGAGACUGAGGAAGAAGCUGUCCGACUCGCGAACGAAACUAGUAUGGGUCUUGCAGCGUAUUUCUUUACGAGAGACACCAGUCGCACUUGGAGGUUGCUUGAGAGCUUGGAAGCCGGAAUGAUCGGGAUGAAUACAGGAAAUGCCUCUGCAGCUGAGUCGCCAUUUGGGGGCAUCAAAGCUUCCGGGUAUGGGAAGGAGGCGGGCAAAGAUGUUGCCAUUGAAGAAUACUUGAUUUCGAAGACGGGGACCUUGACUGUUGAUCCUAUUGCGAAGCUUUAG